UUGCCUUUUAUACAACACUUUACGAUCUCAACGCAUUUACUGCUCUGUUCUGGUUCUGUGCUGUCACCAAAAAGUAAAGAAAAAAUUUUCGUUUAACUUCUACACACCAUUUUUGUGUUGCCGUCAUCAUUUUCAGACCAAAAAUUACUAGAGAAAAGUGAAUAAAUUUGAUAAAAAACUAUUGCACAAUUAACCAGGAAAAUGCAGUAAUUAAUUUGGACAAACCGUAGGAAAACGUGCAAGUGUCUAGCAGUUCGUAAAAUACAAUAUAAAAUUGGUGUUAAAAUCAGUCCAGUGACUUUUCAAGUGCAAUUUUAGCAACGUGGUCACGCCUUGUGAAGUGAAUAUCAAAGAAUUCAUUUGGUUUUUAAUAAUUUUUAUGGAUUUUGCAUAAUUUUCCAACAAUUUGGAAUACACGGAGAUUAUUUAAUCUUCAUUGGAGUUAAAAUUCAUGGUGCUGUAAUCGCUACAAAGCCAACAAAAGAAGUGAGUGGCCACUACCAACCAACAGGUCUUCUGUGUGUAAAAUAAACGCGCAAAGCAGAGUAUUACUAAUCGCUACAAUAUCAAAAAUUUUAUUAAAUAUUUGUUGGCAUGGCUGGCCUUAUUCAUCAUUAACAAAAGAACCCCUUAGACAGGAUCAAACUUCCAACAAGAAAUUUUUAUUAUAAAAUUUUGCAAGAUUCGCUGGCGAAUAUAGUGUCGUAAGGAAGAAUUUGCUUUCAAGUUAUUUAUAAUAUUUUAUCUUACAAUUGGUUCUAUUUCUUAAAGAGAAUCUAAAAUCAUCAUAUAUUAACGGCUGUUUUAGGCCGUUUCAUUAUGGAUUUCUAUAAAAGCCGCAAUAGUAACAGUACCAGCAGCCAACAUAGUAACAGCAAUAGCAGUUUUAAAUCCCAUGCCUCCUCAAGUAAUAACGGUGCUUCCUACAAUCUAGAAUAUUGUACCUCAUCAUCAUCACUGUCACCUUUUGGUACAAGAACAAAUCUUUCAUCUAUUGCCUCCUGUCCAUCUUCAUCUGCUAAAACAAUUGUUAAUGUGGGUUUAGAGGAAGUCAUACUAUCCAUUUCAAAUAGCAGCAGUGCCUCACACAUCUCAGCCUCAUCAUCGUGUUCCUCAUCGUUAACAAUUGGUAAAUUAUCAUCAAAUAAUAUGUGUUCUUCUAGUCGUCAUAGUACAACAGCAACAUCGUCAGCAGCAGCAGCAGCAGCGGCCUCAUCAUCAGCAACAGUAACAGCCAUAGUAGCAACAUCAGCCGGCACUAAACGUAAACGUUGCAUAUCUACUAGUUUAGAUGAUAGGGACCCCGAAUUGGGCUUUGAACCCUCUGCCAAACGUCAACAACGCUUACCAUCACUCUAUCAAAGUGACAAUGGUUCGGUGGUCUCCUCUGUCUAUCCAUCACCAGUUGAUGAGAUUUUGGCACAAGAAAUCGAUACACGCAGUUCAUCGGAAUGUCUAUCGACUGGAACAGACUUUGAGGUAGUCAAUGAGGCCAUACCAGACAGUCCCAACAGUUUACGGCAUGAAGAUGAAUAUGUUGAUCACGAAAUAGAAGAUGAUGAUGAUGAACUACCACAUGAAGUUGAUGAAGAAGAUGAUGAUAGUGAUCAUAUAACAGAUGAUGAUGAUGUAGAUGAUAUUGUAUCAGCCUCACCCUGUUCAACUGUUUCCACAAAAAUAUCACAAAUUUAUAAUCCUGCCGCUAGAACACAACAGCAACAAAAUACUAACGUUGAGGUUGCUAAUGCUGCUGUACAUCAUGGUGAACGUACCCCAGGCCAGAGAUUAUCUACCGGUAAAACACAAAACUCCAGCAAAACAUCCGCCUCACAUUUGUCGCAACAACACCAACAACAACAGCCCAAGGUAAAAUCUUUCGAUGAGUAUUUAAAUAGCCAUUACGAUGACUGUAUGACACCGGCUGCUGAUCCUGAACCACCCAGACAAUGCCCCUUGCCCGCUUUAUCAUGGGCCAAUGCUCAUGAUGUCUGGCAAUUGAUGUGCAAAAAAGAUGAACAGGCUUCCUGCUUAAGAGAUUGCAAUAUGUUGGAUCAUCAUCCCGGUUUACAGCCACGCAUGCGCGCCAUACUACUCGAUUGGUUGAUAGAGGUAUGUGAAGUUUAUAAACUACAUCGUGAGACCUACUAUUUGGCUGUUGAUUAUUUGGAUCGUUAUCUGAGUGCCCAGAAGAAUGUACAAAAAACCCAUUUACAAUUGAUCGGUAUUACCUGUCUGUUUGUGGCGGCCAAAGUUGAAGAAAUCUACCCACCCAAAAUUGGUGAAUUUGCCUAUGUCACCGAUGGUGCUUGCCAAGAAUCCGAUAUCUUGCAACAUGAAAUUUUACUUUUGCAAGCUUUAGAAUGGAGUAUUAGUCCGGUAACGCCCAUUGGUUGGUUGGGUGUUUAUAUGCAAUUGAAUGUUAAUAAUCGUACACCUGCCUCGUUUCAAACUGCUCAAAAGCAUAGAAAUAAAAAUGUUAAAACUAAUAAAUCCUCCGCCUCCAGCACAACAACAACAACAAAUACUGCCUCAUUAAAACAUCAACAACAACAACAACCUGCCCUUAAUACUAAAUUACAAAAUUGUGAAGUCGAUGAUGCUUUCAUUUAUCCACAAUUUUCGGGUUUAGAAUUUGUACAAACCGCUCAAUUAUUGGAUUUGUGUUCGCUGGAUGUAGGCGCUGGCAAUUUCCCCUAUUCAGUGGUGGCAGCUGCAGCUAUGUCACAUACCUUUAAUAGAGAAACUGCUUUACGUUGUUCGGGUUUAGAUUGGCAAACCAUACAGCCUUGUGCUAGAUGGAUGCAGCCUUUCUUUGAAGUGAUAUCUGAAGAAUCCCAUAAUUUACAUUUAUUAGAACAAAAUGAACAAAUUACCACUAAAUUUGGUUUGGGUCAUAUAUGCCCUAAUAUUGUAACCGACGAUUCACAUAUCAUACAAACUCAUACCACAACAAUGACAAUGUUUGAUCGUGCUUGCCUAUUACAAGAAGAAAUCUUGGCCAUGGCCACAAAAAUCAAACAAGAAGCUUCACCAGCUACUGGUCUUAUGUGUCCCGAUGGUUUAUUAACACCACCCGCCUCUAGUCGCAAACCCAUGGGCAUUAUAGAUGAAGAUGAUGAAAAUCAUCAAAAUCUUAAAACCACAAAUUGAGUUUUUUUUUGGUUUGCGUUUGUAACAAAAGAUUAUAAGACUUGGUGGUUAAACAAGUAAAAUUUAAACACUGCCCCUUCCUCAUACCGCCCCUCCCUCCCCCUACCUCUACAUAAGCAACAGCUUGUCAAGUAAAGAAACAAAGGAAUAUUACUCUCUCGUUACCUGCCUCCUUUAAAAAAGUGUGGUUGUCAUCUUUUUAUUAUAAUACAUCUAACUACCCCCUCCCCCCCUGCACCACAAAAUAUGUUAAGUAAAUUUAAUUUAUUAUUAACUUCUUACACUGCUAAUACACUCAAAAAAACAAACCACACUCAAAAAAAAAACUAAAAGUAAUUAUUCUUUUUUUUAACCUAAGUUUAUGUAGUAUAAAUUAUUAUUAUUAACCCUUUAGUGUUAAAAAUUAUUAUUAUUAUUAUUUUUUAAUGUAAAAAGCUAAAAAAAAAAAGGAAAAAAAUAUCCCUAAAACACACACACACAUAUAUACACAUAAAUAAUUCCAUAUAAAAUGAUCUUAAGUUUAAGACUGUAGUUUAUAAAUACAAAACAAAAACAAACACAAUAACAAUUACACUUUCUCUACAAAAAAAAAAAAA